AUGAUAAAGAACAAUAAUAAUUUAGAUGCUCUGAAUGUAAGAUAUAUAAUCCUUAAUCUAGGGAUUGAAAUAUGAACUGCAAAUAAUUGAAGAUCAAAAGUCCUAGGAGUUGAAAGAUCUGAAAUUAUUUUUUAAAACAUUAUAAUAGAAAGUUUGGGAUUUAAAGAGAAGAAGUAAAUUUCUAAAAUAUCAGUUAGAUUAUAAUUAAAAAAUAUGUUUCAUUGAUCCUCUCCUUAGGGACUCAUUAUUAUCAAUGCAGCAUUUAAUUGGGCUCAAGGCAGAAGCAAUUAGAUAAUUGGAGGAUGAAAAAUACAAUCAAUAGGUUGAUCGAGAGAAAUUGGGUAUUGUAAAUAUACAAAGAAUAGUUGUAUUGCAUAAGUAUUAAGAAAGUGGUGUUGAAGUGCAUCAUGCUUACACUAAAUACAUCCAAUCUGAAAAUCUAAAAGGCUUAAGAGAUUUGCCUCACUCAUAUAAAUUGUUGGAAUAAGACCUUGAAAUUGAAGUUGAGAGAAAACGCCAGUUAAAAUUAUAGUUGGAAUCACAGAAGAAAUAAACCGAAGAAUUGUUAUAAGAGACUCGCAAAAAACUUGAAGUUGAAUUAAAAUUUUCUACAUAUAUCAGGAAGCUACAUCUUUCCAUCAUUCGCUGCAGUAAAAAAUAGACCAGGAGAAAAACUGAA